UGUUACGUACUUUGUGCUUAGUCGCCCUUGUAGGCGUUUGUGUUGGGUGGUCGGGUAGCUUGAAAGGCCGCCCUCCAUUUAUUCUAAAGGAAGUGCCUAACGAUAGUGCUAACACAUUAAGCUAUGAAGAAAUUAUGGAGUACUUACAAAACUUAGAAAAGGCCAAUGCGGAUCGAGUUCAGCUAAGGGACGCUGGUUUUUCGUAUGAGAACCGGACUUUAAAAACGAUUACGGUUACGAAUGGCGACGGACGAACCGAUAAAAACGUUAUUUUCGUGGAUGCUACUUUCCAUGGUCGCGAGUGGCUGCCGCCUCAUGCCGCCGUAUAUUUGGUGGAACAAUUGGUUUCAAACUUCAAGGAAAAUAUGGACUUGCUUAAAGAUUACGACUGGAUAAUUUUGCCUUUGGUCAAUCCAGAUGGUUACGUGCACUCAUACACUUUUAAUAAUAUGUGGCGCUUCAAUCGAAAGCCAAGUCGUAACGGCUAUAUAGGCACCGAUUUGAAUCGCAACUUUGGUUUUCAAUGGGGACGCUUGGAUGGUAGCUCUCGAAAUCCCCGUAGUGAAUUGUUUGCAGGGAAUGCGCCAUUUUCGGAGCCAGAGUCCAGAAUUGUGCGUGAUAUAAUGCACGAUUUGGUAGUGAGUGGACGAGGCAUUAUGUAUAUAACCCUGCAUUCAUAUAUGAAUGCAAUUCUCUACAGCUACGAUUAUACUAACAGGGUUUUUCCCAAAAACAUGCUCAAUCUUUCUCAAGUGGCACAUGCUGGAGCUAAUGCAGUAAUUGCUAAAGGAGGUGACUUGAAAGCCAUUUAUGAAUCAUAUGAAGCAUCUGGGACAAGUCAGGACUAUGCGUACUGUGUUGGUUUUCCUUUGGUGUUUACCUUCGAGCUACCAGGUAACGAUUUUUGGCCCAAAAAAACUAAAAUUGAUGGGUUUGUUAAGGAGUCGUGGACAGCAAUACGCGCAAUGGCCAAGAAAGCAAUGGAGCUCUAUCCACUAGGUACAAAGAUACCAAAGUUUAAAGGCAAAUUUUAUCUAAACAUGAAUGACAAAUGUAUUAAUUAUUAAGUUACUAUGAAACAAAAUGAAUAUACAUACAUAGUCUGUCAAAAUAAAUAAAAAAAUAAAUAUGCAUUUUGAGA